AUGGGCAAAGUAAAAACAGUAGAGGAGAGGUACCAGAAGAAGAGUCAACUGGAGCACAUUCUGCUGCGUCCGGACACAUACAUAGGGAGCACGGAGAUGAAUACGCAGCAGAUGUGGGUGUUCGACGAGAAGAAGAAGAGAAUGGUGUACGAAAACAUAGACUACGUGCCAGGAUUGUACAAGAUAUUCGAUGAGCUGCUGGUAAACGCAGCAGACGUGUACGCAAGGCAGCUGAGUGACCCAUCACUGGAGAAGAUGACGUGUAUAAAGGUGACAAUAGACACGGAAACAGGAGCGAUCGUAGUGUUUAACGACGGAGAACCGAUACCGAUCCAGAUACACUCGGAGCACAACAUGUACGUGCCGCAGCUGAUAUUCGGAGAGUUGCUGACGAGCGAUAACUACGACGACUCGGAAGAAAGAGUAACAGGAGGAAGGAACGGAUUCGGAGCGAAACUGGCGAACAUAUUCUCGAAGACGUUCACAGUGGUGGUGGCGAACAAGAAGAUGAAGAAAAAGUUUAAAAUGACCUGGUGCGAAAACAUGAGGAAGACUAAGGGACCGGCGAAGGUGGAGCCUUACCAGGGGCAGGACUUCGUGAAGAUCACGUUCCUGCCGGACUACGAAAAGUUUAACCUGAAGCAAAUAGACCCAGGGACGCUGAAGGUGCUGAAGAAGAGAGUGUACGACGUGGCAGGAACGACGGGAGUUAAGGUGUACCUGAACAACGAAAGAAUUAAAAUCAAGGACUUCAAGGAGUACGUGAACCUGUACCUGCCGGAGGACGCGUCGGAGACAGUGAAAGUGCACGACAAAAUGUACCGCUGGGAAGUGGUGGUGAGCGGGUCUGAGGAGGGAUUCAGACAAGUGUCAUUCGUCAACAGCAUUAACACGAUCAAGGGAGGAACGCACGUGAGCCACGUGGUGGACCCGCUGGUGCAGUCGCUGAGCAAAAAGGUAAACUCGAAGAACAAGGGAGGAAUCGAACUGAAGCCGAAUCAGAUAAAAAACCACAUCUUCAUAUUCAUCAACUGCCAAAUAGUAAACCCGUCGUUCGACUCGCAGACAAAGGAGACGCUGACGACGAAAAUCAUUAAGUUCGGAAGCAAGUACACGAUGUCGGAAAAGGCGCUGGGACAGGUGCUGAGGAGUAAGAUCGUGGACAACAUCCUGAACUGGCUACACGAGAAGACGAACAUAGAGCUGAAGAAGAAGAUGAAGGUGAGCAGCAAGGGCAGCGACAAGCUCUUCGGAAUACCGAAGCUGGAGGACGCAAACAAGGCAGGCACGCGCUUCUCGAUGGAGUGCACGCUGAUCCUGACGGAGGGAGACUCUGCGAAGACGUCGUGUCUGGCGGGGCUGUCAGUGGUGGGCAGAGACAAGUACGGAGUGUUCCCGCUUAAGGGAAAGCUGCUGAACGUGAGAGAGGCCUCGUACAAGCAGCUGACGCAGAACGUGGAGGUGCAGAACAUCCUGAAGAUCAUGGGCCUGGACAUCUCGAACAAGAGCAGAGAGGACUCGAGCGGCCUGCGCUACGGAAGCGUGAUGAUCAUGACGGACCAGGACUACGACGGCUCGCACAUCAAGGGGCUGCUGAUUAACCUCUUCCACAACUUCUGGCCGAAGCUGAUCCAGUUCAACGGCUUCAUAAGAGAGUUCGUGACGCCGCUGAUUAAGGUGACGAGUAAGGCGGGGCAGGUGCUCUCGUUCUUCACGAUGGAGGACUUCAACAGGUGGAAGGAGACGGUGGACAUCACGAGCUAUAAAAUCAAGUACUACAAAGGACUGGGCACUAGCAGCGACAAGGAGUUCAAGGAGUACUUCAGUAACCUAAACAGGCACCUGAUCGAGUUCAACUACGUGGACAACAAGGACGACGACAGCAUCGACAUGGCGUUCAGUAAGAAGAGGAUCGAGGACAGGAAGAACUGGAUGCAGAACUACACGCUGGGAAACACAGUGGACCACUCGAUAAAGAAGCUGCGCUACUCGGACUUCAUCAACAAGGAGCUUAUCCAGUUCAGCAUCUACGACACGGAGAGGAGCAUCCCGUCAGUGAUCGACGGCUUUAAGCCGGGGCAGAGGAAGGUGCUCUUCGGGUGCUUCAAGAGGAACCUGAAGAACGAGUGCAAGGUGGCGCAGCUGACGGGCUACAUCGCAGAGCACAGCGCGUACCACCACGGAGAAAACUCGCUCCAGCAGACGAUCGUCAAUAUGGCGCAGGACUUCGUGGGCUCGAAUAACCUGAACCUUCUGUUGCCCUGCGGACAGUUCGGAAGCAGAAAGGAGGGAGGCAAGGACGCAGCAGCAGCACGCUACAUCUUCACGAAGCUGGCGCCGCUGACGCGCUACGUCUUCCUGCAGGAGGACGACCCGAUCCUGGACUACCAGAACGAGGAGGGGCAGCUGGUGGAGCCGUUCUACUACCUGCCAAUAAUACCGAUGGUCCUGGUGAACGGGUCCGAGGGAAUAGGCACGGGCUUCAGCACGAACGUGCCCUGCUACAACCCGAUCGACGUGAUCGAAAACAUUAAAAAUUACCUGAGGAACGAGGAAAUGUUCGAAAUGGUGCCCUGGUACAAGGGAUUCAAAGGAACGAUAGAGAGGAACAGUAAGCUGGGCUUCGACGUGGUGGGCAAGUACAAGCUGUCGGAGGACAUGAGGAAGCUGACGAUCACGGAGCUGCCAAUAAACAGGUGGAUCAACGACUACAGAGAGUUCCUGAACUCGCUGGUGUCGCAGAACAGAGGAAAGGAGGACGAGGACGACGGGUACAUCACGGACUACAGCGACUUUAGCAGCAACGAAGUUAUCGACAUCAGAGUUAACAUCAACGUGAACAUGGCGGCGGAGAUCAUGAAGGAGGGAGUCGAGAAGGUGUUUAAGCUGAAGACGACGAUAAGCACGAGUAACAUGACGCUCUUCGACUCGAGCAAGAGAAUCAAGAGAUACGAGAGUGAGCUGGAGAUCCUGAAGGAGUUCAUCAACACGAGAGUGAAGUACUACAACAAGAGAAGAGAGUACCUGAUCAAGCAGCUGCAGGUGCAGCUGCAGCAGCUCUCGAACCAAGUGCGCUUCAUCAACAUGAUCAUCAACAACGAGUUGGUGCUCUUCAGGAAGUCGAAGCAGCAGAUAGUGAACGAGCUCAAGAGACUGCAGUUCGACCAGUUCUCGAGCCUGAGCGCGAAGGACGACUACGACAAGGAGGAGGGCCAGGAGGCGGACGAGCUCCUGGAGAAGGAGGGCUACAACUACCUGCUUAACAUGUCGCUGCUGAGCCUGAGCAUCGAGAGCAUCAACAAGCUGAACAACGAGUACAACAGCAAGCAGCUGCAGCUGAAGACGCUGAUAAACACGACCUCGCUGCAGCUGUACGAGCAGGACCUGGAUCAGCUGAAGGCGCAGCUGAUGCAGACGAAGCUGUACCCGCCGACGAAUAAGCAGCAGGUGCUGCUGAAUAAGCAGAAGCUACAGAUGUUUAAAGCGAACGUCAUGGCAGUAAACGGAGCGAACGUCGCGAAAUCAGCAAAGAAGGUGGAACAAGUAAAAGAAAACGACCACGAUGGAAGCACCGUAGACAAUGAAAUGGACGUUGACGAAAUCGACGAAGUAAAGUACGAUGAUAGCGAUAGAGGGAUCGGAGUUGAUGGCGUUAAGCAUGCGGUAAAUAAAGGUAAAUCAGGCACGGACGGCAGUAAGUACAGGGAGGACUUUGGGAGACACGAAUCCAAUAUUGACAAGUUUUUUGGUAAAGGCGCCGCUAAGUCACCAGAGGAGAGGGAGAAGCUGCAGAGAAUGGAGUCGAUAGAGCCGUCGCAAAUAGAAAACAUACAGUAUUCGCAGCUGACGAAUGUGCAGUACUCACAAAUGUCAAAUGACCAGAGCCAGCACCUGUUCAGCGACGAGGAGAACGAGUUCUCGCAGAUGGACCACAUUCAACUGUCGCAGCUGGAGCUGUCGCAAGUAGACAACACGGAGUCGCUGCAGGCGUCGCAAGUGGAUAGGCUGUUCUACUCGUCAUCGAGACAAGAUGACGAGGAAAAACCUCCGCAAAAUAAGUACAACGUGUCGCUGAUAGAUAGACUUAACAAAAAGUUUAACAACUCAAACAACUUGUUGGAAACUAUAGCAAGUCCAACGAGUGCCACUAACACUAAAGGCCUGGUUGUGACUAAGUCAACAACUGGCGCCACUGGUGUUGGAGGUACUAGUGACAUAUUCGAAAGAGAAGCCACAAGCACGCAGGCCGAUGGCGGUAGCAAAGCAAGCAAGGGGGCGCUUGCCACUCCAUCGAGAACCGCAAAGGAAUCCAAAAGCACGAAAGAUGACGACUACGAGCCCACGUUUAGCAAUAUUGCCAGAAAGAGGAAACAAAGUAAGGUCUUGAUAAUGAGCUCAGAUGAGGAUUACGAGGAGGCGGUCAGCAGUAAGACGAGAAGGAAGAACAGUGGCGGUGGCAGUAGCAGUGCCAGCAACAAGAACAAGGGCGUGAGCGCAAAAACCAGUACAAAAAACACCAAUACAACGACUAGGGGGCGUCCAAAAUCGGAAGAUAUGAGCAAACAGGGCGGAAAAUCGGAAGAAAUGAGUAAAGAUAGUGAAAAUGAACAAGAGGAGGAGACGGCUAGGGGGAGGCCGAAGAGAGCCAAGAAGGUAAUCCAGGAAUACUCAGAGGAAGACGAGUUUGAGGACGACGAGGACGAAUCGGAGGACGAAAGCGAAGAAAGCGACUACGAAAUGGAUCAGGACGACGACGAAAAGGAAAUGGAGACGAACAGUGAAAUUUUGAGGAAACUAGGGACGCAAGUGUCGUCGGCCCUGCAAGAGGUGGGCGCGCAGCUGAAGUACCACGCGAAGCAGGCGAAGAGUGAACUGUCGGUAAACAUAGACAAUUUUAAGACGCCGAUCUGCGGACGGCUGGCCAACGAAGUGAACUGCUCGCUCUUCCCAGUGCCCAACUCAAAGUCGCAGAGGACGGCCGAGUUGAAGACGUCCGGGAACCACACCUUCGGCUUCGACGUCAAGUUCCACCAGCAGGAGAUCGGACUGAUCGUGGUUUCAGUGACUGGAGUGGACUCGCGCCUCUGCAAGUUCAGCUGGAGGCGGAGGCUGCACAGCUACGAGUGCGCAAUCGACCACUGCACGCAGUCGACGUAUAAGCUGACCGCAGACGACGUCGGGAACACGGUCGUCGUGCGCUGCUCGCUGGAAGGCUCACACGAGUACGCGGAGGCUGAAAUCGGGCCGAUAGACAUCGACGUGAGGUCGAAGCGGAUGAUCCAGGAGGCUCUGAUAAACAACACCUCGAGGCACCAGCUCUACCUGCUUGAAGUGAACUCGGAGAAGGUGCAAUCUCAGUCGGAUUACCGCCACGUCGUGCUCUACCUGCUCGCCGAGGAGGUUACCCUGAAGCCGGAGGACAACAUGGGCUUCGCUUGGAGGAGCAAGUGCAGGUUCGGAACGGACUUCCCGCGUGCGAAAUUGGACCUGGAGGACGAGCUGCGUUUCUAUUUGGAGUUCGACGCGGACCUAAAGUUCACCCUCAGAGUCUACAACAGGAACCAGAGGGACCUGGUGGUGCUGAUGCUGAGAGUGUUCCACAGCAGAGUGCUGCUGAACAGCUCGUUCGAAAACAACCAGAUGGAGCUAACGAGGGACGGCAGACUCGAUCAGCUGGUAAACAUGAACACCCUCAGCCUUAAUGCGCUGGUUCAGCGCCUGAGCGUCGACGUGUCGUUCUUGAUUUUGGAGAACAGUCGACUGGGCCGCGAGUUGGAGCGAGCCAAGCAAGAAAAGAGUUUCCUCGAACUGGAAAUGAAGAGCACGAUUCAAGUGUUUCAAGAGCAAAUCGCAAACGAGCAGCAAACUGCCAAGGAACUGAGUGUCGAGGUGCCCAUUAAGCGGCAGUCUAAGAACCUAGAAAAGGAACCAGAGGACAAGGAACUCAACACACACCGCGUGUUGCCCAGAAAAUUGGCCAGUCAAAGGGGACUGUCCAGGCAAACCACAACGACCUCGGCACUAUCUGAGUUCGACUCCACAAGUGAUGAAAACCAGAGUCUCUACGCGGAUUUGGUGAACAGGAACGCAAUGCUAAACGAGAAGCUAGGCCUGCUAACACAGGAAAACAACUCUCUUCAGGAGCAGCUGAACAAGCAGGUUGGUGAUAAGAACCGGCUGGAAAAACAGUCAAAAUGCGCUCUCAAGGACUUGGAAAACCUUAAAUCGGAAAAUGAACAGCUGCAACUGAAGAUGGGGGAACUGAGAAGUAAACUCAGGAAGUUAUCCCUAUUAGACUCAAAAAACGAGUAA